AUGGACGGCAAAACUGUGGUGAAAUUUUUAAAAUCAUGGGCUCACAUCAGUAAAUACGGAACAAUGCCGCAAGAUUUUGAUUCACCUAUGCUUUUAGAUCAUAAGAACCCUUAUGCGCCCUCGGCCAAAGAGAUUGAUGAUGUCGUCAGGUUCACGUUCGAGCUGACUCUGAAGAAUGUAAAGAAACUCAAAGAGCGAGCCAAAAGCGAGUCAACUCGCUCGGAUCUUCACCUGUCAACUUUCGUAGUCACUUACACCUAUGUAUUGACUUGUGUGGUGAAGACACGUGGAGGCGAUGCAAAUCAACCAGUUCCUUUCGUGUACAAUGCUGAUUUCAGAGAAAGGCUAGACCCGCCGGUUCCUAUGACCUACUUUGGGAACUGUGUGAUGCCUAUCAAUUUCUCUGGAUACAAAGUAGAGACGUUUUUGGGAGAAGAUGGAUUCGUUAAUGGUGUCAAGAUUCUCAGUGAUUGGAUCAGUGAUUUGAGUUCUCGAGGGGCUGAGUCAAUAUGGGAGUUGCAUGAGGAAGGAUUAAAAGUGAUGGAACUCGGUACACCAAAGCUGGCCGUUAUUGGGUCUAACAAAUGUGGGAUAUAUGGGUCGGAUUUUGGGUGGGGAAGACCCGUUCAUACUGAAAAUAUAUCUGUCAGUGAAAACCUUCUCAUUUCUAUGUCAGAGACGUGGGAUGUGGAGAUUGGCAUAUGUUUGAAGAAAUGUGAGAUGGAUGUUUUUAAUCUGUAUUUCAAAAUGGAUUGUAAACCUGAAAAAAAUGAUUUUUUCCGUAUCUAG